AUGGCUCGCUCCAGGCACCCCUCCCAGGCCAUGGCACUCGCUCUGGCGCUUGCAGCCGCCUGCCUGCUGCUUCCAGCGAGUGCCCAGGGCCGGGUCUUGGCCCAGGAGCAGCCCAACCCCUUCCUGGCCGCGCCCACUGCCGCCAAUGGCAGCCCAGCGGGGCCCGCGGCCGCCACCGCUGCGGCUCCCCCUCCGCUGUCCGAGGUCGUCGCCACCCCUUUCCCGCCCGCCCUGCCUGCACCCGCGCCCGAGGCUCCCGCAGCACCCGCCCCGGACUCGGAGCCCACCGCCGAGGCACCCGCACCGGCCGGCCGCGCUGUGGACCCCUGCGCCUGCACCGCCACCGGGCUCAGCGGCGGCGUCAACACCACCCGUGUCGGCUGCGGCCAGUGGGACAUCGUCAGCGGCUCCGCCGCCUUCACCUGCUUCGUGGCGGACCCCCCGCGAUGCACGCCAGCGGGAGGCGCCCCGCUGGCUCCAUCCACCAAAUUCUCCGGCGCCGCCACCAGGGUGUGCUCCGCCCAGGAGGCCGCGCCCUACCUGCCCACCGUCUCCCGCCUGAUUGUGGGCACCCCGCAGCUUGUCAGCUUUGCCAGCGCCCUGCGCCAGGCCAACCUGUCCUCCGUCCCAGGCCAGCAAGUGACGAUCUUUGCACCAUCCAACCAGGCCUUCAACACAGCUGUGUACUCAGGCAGGGUCAGCCGCCAGCAGCUUCAGGACCCAACCUUUCUGCGGCAGCUGGUGCUGGCCGCCAUCGUGCCGCAGCGCCUGACCGCCUCUGACCUGGUGGCAGCGGGCACAGCGCGUGCCGCCGGCGGCCAGCAGCUGCCCGUCACCUCUCAGUUGGCAGGCAAGCUGAGGCGCUCUGGCCAGACGCUGGUGGGCUCCGCCGGCCCCGUGCUGCCCGACCUGCUGGCAUCCACCGGAGUCAUCCACAUCGCCGCCGGCUUCGUGGCGCUCCCGGCGGAGGCGGCAGUCGCCACCGCGCCAGCCGCAGAGGCGGCCAUAGCUCCCGUGGAUGCGCCUCUGCCCGCUGCGCCGCCGCGGGCCGAGUCCCACCCCUCUACCUCCCUCACCUCCUCCGCGCCCCGCACCGCCGCCUUCCCCCUCCCCACCGCCUCCGACUCCCUCGCCCACCCCUCCCCCACCGCCGGCGCCCUCCCCACCGCCCGCCCCGGCACCACCGGCCUCCUGUCCGGCUCCGACCUGGCCUCCCAGCUGACCGGCGGCUGCGCCUGCACCACCACCGGCCGCAGCGGCGGGGUGCAGACGGGGCAGGCCGGGUGCGCGCGGCGCAUCGAUUCCAACUUCCUGCUGCCCGUCAGCCUCUGCUAUGUUCAGAGCCCCGCCACCUGCCUGGCUUCCCUCCAGUCCACGGCCUACCCCGGAGCCGCGUGGAAGCUGUGCUGA